GGACAACACAAAUCCUAGCAUACGGCUCAUCACCAUUCACGAAUUAGUGAUGUCUCACUCAAAUCCGCAAAAGCCCCCCAGGCCUAACCAAAAGUCGCCGCUCGCCACAAAGAGCUCUCGGACGCCAGGAUCUGUUCAGAAACAACAAUCUCUCCUAUCUUUUUUCACGAAGGCCGCCGAUUCCCCUACCAAUAUUAAGAGGGACGGUAAUCCGCCAGAUUUGUCUAGUGACCCACUCGGACCGUCCUCACCUUCUAACCAAGAGGGUGACCCGACGAACAUACAAAGUAGACGACGAGGUUUGCUAUUUCAAUUCUCAAUGUGCUCCCACAACUAACUGGGCUCGGGUUCUGUCAGACAUUCUCCUAGUCCCGCCCUCGAGCCCGUCAAUCAGAGUAAGGAAUAUCUUUCCUCAGAUGAAUAUUGUGACACUAAUCCCCUCAUAGGCAAUCUCGAACCGCGUCAGCUAUACUGAAUUGAGUGAUGAGGACGACGCUGAUGUGCCGGUCCUUAAGAGAGGUGAGUGGGAGCUAUAGCUUUGCGAGGCACCCUGCGCUCACUAUCGCUUAGGUGUCAAACGUGCAAUCCCAGAUGGUGACGGUGACGAUGAUCUCGAAUACCUUCCGCAAGAUAACCUUAUCCAGGGCGAAGAGGAGGGAGAGGAUGAUGGUGAGCCCAGUCUAGUCCUACAGAGGCAGGCGUCAAUGGCGUUGCUCAAUGCUGAUACGAAAAGCCGGCGUCGAGAGUGACGACUUCGUCGUCUAUGACCGCGCUCUUGCGAAGACACCUUGUAGAUCUAGGGAUUCGAAGAAGCUCAAGAAAUCGAGCAAUGAUUCCCAUAGGACACCAUCCUCCGCUGUAAGAACCCCAGUAAAUACAUCACGCUUUGCAUUCAAUCCCAAGAGCGGUAAUUCUACUCAAGUAUCAUCGGGGGUGACCCCGCGGCCAAAACCGGCGCCGACACCUACGAGAAAGCAAGACAGAGACGAGGUCCGGUACUUUUGGCUCGUUGAUAUUAAGGAUGCCGAUGGAAAUCCACGUAUGUUGUCCAUGGGAGGCUUUCCUUUUUGCCGCUUGACUAAUUAGUUUGUAGCCGAUCACCCCGACUAUGACCCCCGAACCUUGUUCGUGCCGUCGAGCGCGUGGAUAAAGUUCUCUCCAUUUGAGAAGCAGUAUUGGGAGAUAAAAUGCAAGCUUUAUGAUACUGUUGUGUUUUUCAAGAAGGUAAGGCUUCGUGACCUGGUCGGACUUCGGAAAUUGAGAUUUUUAGGGAAAAUUCUACGAACUUUACGAGGACGAUGCCAGUACGUUCUGCGUAUGCCCCUUCGGUUUCGGCUUGGAGAACUAAUAGGGUAAUAGCAAUUGGUCACAGGGAGUUCGAUCUGAAAUUAACUGAUCGAGUGAAUAUGAGGUAAUGUUGGUGUAUUAUGUGCAGUAGGUUGAACUAGCGAUAGCUAACAGGAGCUUAGAAUGGUCGGUGUCCCGGAAUCUUCACUGGAUAUGUGGGCGGCUCAGUUCAUCGCGAAGGGGUAUGUGUUGAGCAUAAUGCAACGCCUAAGUUGGUGUUUUGGCUGAUGAUCAAUUAGAUACAAAAUUGCUCGGGUUGACCAGAAAGAGACUGCUUUGGGUAAAGAAAUGCGAGAAAAGAGUGGUAAAUCAGGAAAAGAAGAGAAAAUAAUUCGCCGCGAGCUUGCUUGUGUUUUGACGGGUGGAACACUUGUUGACGAGAGUAUGCUGCAAGACGAGAUGGCGACAUAUUGUGUGGCAAUAAAGGUUCAAUCCUGGAUUAUCCGCGUUCUGAGUUAGUACGGCCACUGACUCUGACCAAUUCUCUAUUAGGAAUCAUUUGAUGGGGGGGAACCGUCUUUUGGCAUAGCUUUUGUCGACACCGCCACCGGAGAAUUCUCUCUCUCGGAGUUCCAAGAUGACUUGGAGCUCACUAAAUUCGAAACAUUUCUCGCUCAAAUUCGUCCAAGAGAGCUGAUACUCGAGAAGGUGGCCAGCAUUUUUUGAGAGUUUCACGAAUCAGUGAUUGGGCACGGCUGAUAAUAUGUAGGGUUUCCUUUCUUCGCAAUCGACACGCCUCCUGAAGAAUAACACUUCUGUGACCACUAUCUGGAACAAACUAAAACCCGGGGUUGAGUUCUGGGAAGGGUCAACAACCAUUCGGGAGGUGAUGAGUAAGGGUUAUUUCGACGAGAGUUCAUCGUGGGACAGAAAAGGCUGGCCGCAGGCUCUAGAACAAGCAAGGGAAAAAGAAUUAGCAAUGUCAGCCUUUGGUGCUUUACUCUGCUACCUACAAACGGUAAUCAUCCCUCUUGCUGAACAUGCAAUUUCAUGGGUACUCUGACAUGUACAGCUUAAAAUUGAUCGUGAAUUGGUGAGUUUGGGAAACUUCCGGGUUUAUGACCCGAUAAAUAAAGCGUCAUCCUUGAUUCUCGAUGGGCAGACCCUAUUAAACCUUGAGGUUAGAAUCUUGAUAACCGGUUGGUGGCCUCCAACUAAUUGUGGUAGAUCUUUGCGAAUUCUUCGGAUGGCGGCUCGGCGGGGACACUGUUUUCUCUACUGAAUCGCUGUAUUACACCUUUCGGUAGGUUCAAAAACACCCUUCUGUUGGCAAGAGUUAACAUAUUUGAUAGGCAAGCGAAAGUUCAAACAAUGGGUGUGCCACCCGUUGGCUGAUUCUGCUAAAAUUAACUCGAGAUUAGAUGCUGUCGAAUCUCUCAACUCUAAUAAUGGUUUUCAGGAGGCCUUUGCGACCCACUUGAAUAAAAUGCCGGAUUUGGAACGUCUCAUCUCGCGUAUCCAUGCUGGGAGCUCACGAGUGGCUGAUUUUCUCCGCGUGAUUGAAGGGUUUGAACAAAUACGUGACGCAAUGGACGAGAUCACUCUUUACAAUAAGGGUGGUUUGAUUGGUCAACUCCUUGCGUCGAUGCCUGAUCUAAAAGAAUGCUUGAGGCUAUGGGAAUCUGCGUUUGACCGUGAGAAGGCGAGAACACAAGGUAGGAACCCGGAUCUGAAUUUGCUCGCCUGGCCAGUUAAAGUACUAAGUCUGUGCUCCUCAGGUUUGCUCGUGCCUGAGCGUGGUGUGGAGCUCGAUUUCGAUGCCUCCCAGGAUGUUAUUGAAGAUAUCAUCAAUGUUCAACUGGAGACGCUCCUUGGUGAAUACAAAUCGAACUUGAAGUAUGAUGCUUACCUUUGGCCCCUGGUUGUUAUACACUGACUUUCCUAGGUCUAGAGAGGUUAAAUAUACGGAUAGUGGAAAAGAAAUUUACUUGAUUGAAGUGCCAGUGAAGUUUGCGAAGAAUAUUCCAAGAAGCUGGACUCAGAUGUCUGGCACACAGGUAGUCAAUAUUUGCCUUUGGUUUAUGAUUGAACGCGCUGCUAAAUUUUUUGUUAGAAAGUCAAACGUUUCUACUCGCCGGAGGUCAAAAGGCUUGUUCGCUCGCUACAGGAAGCACAGGAAACCCAUAGCCAAAUUGUCAAGGAAGUUGCCGGGCGUUUCUACAAAAGAUUCGAUAGGGACUACCAGACCUGGCUGGGCGCGGUAAAGAUUGUUUCGAGUUUGGAUUGUCUAAUAAGCCUUGCUAGGUCGUCCAUCUCGCUUGGUGAGACUAGUUGCCGGCCGACAUUCGUGGAGGGCCAGAGAAGCAUGUUAGAUUUUACCGGGCUGCGACAUCCUUGCAUGGCGUCUAGGUGUGAUAGAACCCCAUCAAGCUUUCAAGGAGGUGAAAAUCUGACAGAAACUGCAGCGUGGAUGAUUUUAUACCAAAUGAUAUUCGACUUGGUGGAGAUUCGCCCAAGUUAGGCCUGCUUACUGGGGCUAACGCAGCUGGAAAGUCGACGGUACUUCGGAUGGUAAGCCUGGACGGCCUAUGUGAUUCGAUGGGUGAAUGAUUACUAACUAAUCGUUGAGACAUGCGUGGGUGUUAUUAUGGCUCAAAUUGGGUGCUUCGUCCCAUCGAAAUCAGCACGACUGACACCGGUGGAUCGCAUAAUGAGCCGACUAGGAGCAAAUGACAAUAUUUUUGCUGCACAGAGUACAUUUUUAGUCGAACUGUCAGAGACAAAAAAAAUACUUGCCGAGGCUACCCCUCAUUCCUUGGUAAUAUUGGAUGAGCUAGGCCGUGGGACAUCUUCGUACGAUGGUGUGGCUGUAGCACAGGCCGUUUUGCAUCAUGUUGCGACCCACAUUGGUUGCCUUGGAUUUUUCGCAACCCACUAUCAUUCAUUGGCCAGCGAGUUUGUUGGGCAUCCUGAAAUUCAACCUAAGAGGAUGCAGAUUCAUGUCGAUGAAGAGAAUCGGGAUAUCACUUUCCUCUACAAGUUAGAGGCAGGGGUUGCGGAGGGUUCAUUUGGAAUGGUUUGCCUAACCCUGUUUAACCUUUGGGCCUUACUAACGGUUUAAAUCAUAGCAUUGCGCUGCCAUGUGUGGUAUCAAUAAACGGAUAAUUGAUAGAGCAGAGGAUGCAGCUCGUAGCUUUGAGCACACCUCACGACUUACGGAUAGUUUGGAGGCUGCGCGGGUAGGGACUUAUAUUCCACUAGGAAUGCAGAGUGAUUUGGCUUGGGUUCUGCGGGGCGGAAAUGACUUCGGUGACAGAGCUUUUGACUCGGUCAUAGAAUGUAUUAAGGCAUUGUAAUUAUAUUUGGAGAUCCUUGAAAACGUAUCUGCGGGGGUGAAUGAAUGGUGGAUAUCUCAAUUGUAAUACUAGUUUCUCUUUGCUAAAGAACUUCCCUUACUAAAUUUGGCUUUAAUACAAGAUUUGAGUUCUCAUAAAUAAAACGAAGAUCCGGGCCCUAACAUAGGCGCAAGAGCCUUCUUAAAGCUUCGGUGGUAUUUCCGCCACAACCGCGUAAAACGUCUGUCGCCUUUGCUUUUGAAACCUAGUACUUGUUCCAGCGAAUGAUAAGCAUGAAAACAUCAUACGAGCAACAACGCAGACUCAGUACCUCCAUCUCUUCCAUAAUAAGAGUAAUGUCCGCGGCGUUGACACGACUGGAUGGGGGGACACCUGAUUUUUGGGUAGCAGCCUGUUUGACACUGAGGUCUUGCAUGGCCUUUCCGAGAGCCUCAGCGGAUUCUUGGGUGACUUGAGCUAUGGGCGUGUCACCCUCCUUGUCCAUUUCUCCCAUAGCCUUCGCGCAUAGCUCAGCUCGGGAUGGCACCGCCCAUUGUUGUCCAGUUUCUGGCUCGGUCAUUUUGGAGGGGAAUGUAUUCCGGUAGAUGAUUUCGGCGCGGCACGGGGUGAGAUCAGCAGCGGUGGGAUAAUCCCGUGAAGCCAGAGCAAUAGAAUAAGUUAGGUGUGACGUUGGGAAUUUCUUGUUUUAGGUGGUCCUAACGUGCACACAAGGGUAGAGCCCAAGAUUCUAAUGCACGGCAAGUCUUGGCGAUCGCAUAUUUCAAUAAUGACCGCAACUGCAAACAUAGAGUAAACAAAUUGUGAUAACUCAGGUAAAGCAUUCACCAAAUGAAAAGAGAUUAAGGCCCUGUUUGCCAUGCCAUAAAUACAGUGGUAUUUCAUUUUUAUGGAAUUCUUUCAAUGUUUGUUUUUUGGUAAAAGUGAAUUGGCAGGAUGUUGGGCAUGAUACAAAUUAUCUUAAUGUAAGAUGUAAUGCACAGCCCUGUAUGAAACUAGAACUAUAUCCUAUACCAUUUGGCUCUGAAAUUUUGUAACUUUUAUUUAUUAUUAAUUCAUAUAAGUAACGACCUUUUAUUUCCCAUCUGCAUUAAUUGCAUGUAAGUCUCUCAGGAAAAUUUUAUGCCAAUUCUGUAUCAAUACAUCGCCAAAAAUACAAGCUUGUGUCCUAGGUGUCCUAUGUGGCUGAUGU